AUGAGCUCGUCGAUCAGCAUGAUGGAGGCAAGAAUGCCUCCGGGGUUCAGGUUCCACCCCAGGGAUGACGAGCUCGUGCUGGACUACCUCCUCCACAAGCUCUCCGGCCAUGGCCAUCGCGGCGGCGCUGCCAUCGUCGACGUCGACCUCAACAAGCGCGAGCCAUGGGACCUUCCAGAAUCUGCGUGCGUGGGUGGGAAGGAGUGGUACUUCUUCAACCUGCGCGAUCGCAAGUACGCGACGGGGCAGCGCACCAACCGCGCCACGCGCUGCGGCUACUGGAAGGCCACCGGCAAGGACCGCGCCGUCGUCGCCGGCGGUGGCAACGAUGCGUCGGCGGCAGUGGUGGGGAUGCGCAAGACGCUGGUGUUCUACCGGGGCCGAGCGCCCAAGGGGAGGAAGACGGAGUGGGUCAUGCACGAGUUCCGCCUCCACCCACACGCCGCGCCGUGCCUACCAGCUGCGGCAACGAAGGAGGACUGGGUGCUAUGCAGGGUGUUCUACAAGAGCAGAACAACCACCCCAAGGCCAGCUUCUGAAGAUGCCCAGGACGGCACCCCAUCGGCUUGGCCAGAACUGCCGGCUGCCCUGCCCCUUGCACCCCUCGCUGACACCUACACCAACUACGGUGCCGCUCCAACGGUUUCAGAGCAGGUGUCCUGCUUCUCCGGUCUGCCGGCGCUGCCGUUCAAGAGACCAGUGAGCCUUGAGGACCUUUUGGCGUUCGACACCUCCGAGAAGGAAUCCAUCAGGACAGUGAUGAGCAGUGUCUCAAACAACAGUACUAGUUCAGUACUGGAGCUAACUCCAAAUUGCAACUGGAACCAGGAAAAUGGCAUGUUACAGAUGUGGCACCCCCUUGGGAUAUGA